AUGCUGGACGAGCAAGUGGUGCAACUAAAGCAAAAGCAACUCGGGGCAGAAAUGUUAAAGCAGAUUGAACGCGAAGAAUCCAAGAAGAAGAUGAGCGUGGUGGAAAUGGAAGAAAAGCACAUGCAGGAGGAAAGGCGUCGACUUGAGAGGGAGGGCGCCCUCUACAACAUAAGGCAACACAAACAGAAACUCAAACAGAAGGCCGUAGAUAUCCAGGAGAAUCUGGCGAUGGAGAACGAGUUGAUUCUCAAACUAAAAAAUCUGGAUAUGGAAAGGAUGAUGCAAGAUGCCAAAAAGCGCCAGCAAGUCAAGGAAACCUUCGAGAAAUACGCCAACUUGGUCAAAAUGCAACAAGAGUUGGAAAAGGAUCGGCAAAUGCAACUGGAUUUUGUUUUUGAUUCGGAAGCGAAGGAGAUUUUUGAGCGCCAAACUGAACUGUGGAAGAACGAAGAAAAAUGUCGACAAAAGUUACUGAAAGAGGUGCUGGCAACCAUCAAAAAACAAAUCGAGGAUAACCUGGAGAAAAAUCGAGAACGACAAAGAGAACUCCAACGAGAAAAGAAAGAAAAUGAGGUGAACAUACAAGAAUACAAUAAGGAAUUGGAAAAGCUUGACAGAGAGAAAGAAAACAAGAAACUCAACAGAAGAGUGGGGUUGGAUGAAGAUGUCAAAGUGAAGAAUGCCAGAAAAUUUCAGCAGGAAAACAUAAAAUUGAAGGAAUUGGAUGAUGAGUUGGAGAGAAUACGGAAAGAAGAAGAAAGGUUGAAGAAAGAGAUUCUAAAUAUACAGAAAAAACAUGCUAUGUUAGUGUUUUAUAAAAAUAAAUGA